AUUAUCAGCAGAGUUGGGACCCUUGGGACUUGACUGUAAACACAUGCUUUUUUGUGUAUUUUAAGGGUGGCUAAAUGAAACCUUUUGGCCUAACUUUAUAUAGACAGUGAAAGUUUAAUUGGUCCUCGACGUUUGGACUGCCUCAGAAUGAAUCCUGAAGAUAGUCCUCACAGCCCAAAAGGAGAAGCCGUUUUGGCAGAGCAGAUCUUGUGUCAAAGGAGUCUGAAGAGCCUUCGUUUACUUGCCACGAGGUUUGUCAAGAUGUUACAAGAAGCUGAGGGCGGUGUGGUGGAUAUCAGAGAAGCUGUCAGUCUGCUGGCUGUUGGAAAGAAGCGACGAAUCUAUGACAUAACAAACGUGCUGGAGGGUGUUGGUCUGAUAGUGAAAAUAUCCAAGAGCCAUGUAAAGUGGAGGGGGGAAUUUCCAGGAGAAAGCUCACCGGAGUUUAACAGCAGACUGUUGGAGUUAAAAUCUGAAGUGGAGGACUUGGAGCAGAAGGAACACACAUUGGACCAGCAGAAGUUUUGGGUUGAACAGAGCAUCAGGAACACAACAGAAGACUGCAGCCAUCUGACCUAUGUGAAUCAUGAAAAUGUCAGCGACUGCUUCAGUGACCAGACUCUUCUGGCAGUACAAGCACCACUGGGCACACAGCUAGAUGUUCCCAUUCCAAAGGCUGUCUUAAACAGCCCAGCAAAGUACCAGAUCCAUCUGAAAAGUAUAAAUGGGCCAAUAGAUGUCGUCCUGCUCAACAAAAGCUCAGAGAGCUCUGAUCGUCUCGUGCUGCCUGUCCCACCACCUGAGGAUAUUUUACAGAAAGCCAAAUCAGUAAUGGCCACUUCAGAUGAGACACAAAGCAUCAUUUCACCUUUUCAGGCUUCUGAUAAUGUCCAACAAAUCACAAAACCCUCCUGGCCGUCCUUGGAGGACUUUCGUCAUCUUCUGUCAUCGUCACUCAUUAAUAGUGAGCCACAAAGAACUGAAUCAUCUGAACUGCGUAAUUUAUCAGGAGAAAUGGGGAACCUACUCCACCCAAACAAAGAAAAAAUGAGAGAAAAUUUAUUUGCACAGCUAAUGAGCUCUGGAGUGUUCGCUCCUCCCCUCCGCCUGACUCCGCCCCCAUCUGAACUUGACUACCGAUUUCAUGUGGAUGAGAAUGAAGGCCUCUGUGAUCUCUUUGACGUCCCUAUGCUCAACGUGUAAAUAUGAACUGUAAGGCUUCUAAAGUCCAUAUUUGUAUCCUGGAAAUUUACAUAUCACCCUGUUUUUAAAUAUUUGUAUGAUUUAAUAAACAAAUGCUUUUCA